UUGAAUCCACAUCCGUUAACUUUCAAAUAAGACAGUACACGCCGUCAGACAAGGUUUUUCAAAAAUUAUCAAACGGUUUCAGUGCAUCACCUACAAUUUUCGAAAAUAUUUUUUAAGUAUUUCAGUGCAAAGAUAUAUAGCGACAUGCCGCAUAAUAUCUACUAUUCGGACAAAUAUUAUGACGAUAAAUAUGAGUACAGACAUGUUGUACUACCAAAGGAACUGGAGAAAUUAGUACCUAGGACCCAUUUAAUGUCAGAGCAAGAAUGGAGAGCCAUUGGUGUUCAACAAAGCCAGGGUUGGGUGCAUUACAUGCAUCAUCAGCCUGAGCCACAUAUUUUAUUAUUCAAGAGAAAAAUCACUACUCCACCAUCGGAAAAGUAAUCAUUAUUCAACGAACGCGUUAAACUCUUGCGUAUUUCUUGUAAAACUAACAUCAUUGUUAUUUUCUUUAUGGAAGAACUCAGAUAUAAUAAAUUUCAUUGCGAUAAAUGUCACAUUUUGAUCAUAUAUAUAAGUGUGUUUACCAUUCACUAAGUGCUUUUGUCAAUUUUACAAGCUGUGUGCCUUAUGGGUUUGUAAAAUGUCAUUUUAUUCCAGUUGUUACAAUGAUCAUAAUUUAAAUGAAUUUUACUUGAUCUUGUAUCUGAGUUCUUCUUGUUCUCAAUUUUACUUCAAUAGAUCAUUCAUAAAAUGUCAACGAAGUAUCCUGUACAUAUGUCUAUAAAGUACCUUAGUUCUUAAUAGCGUCGCAGAAAUGUACAAUGAAACCACUACGAAGCAGUAUUCCUUCGGAGUUUUUACUUUCCUAGACGGAAUUAAGUUAAAUGUUUAGAUGAACAAACUGUAAACAUAAUUAUUAAUUAAUGAAUACGGUUUUGAUUGUAAACUCCAAUGACAUUGAAUCGUGGCACUAUUCAUUGCAUAAAAAAUAUAAAGGAUUUUAAAUCGCGA